CGAGGCGGGCGGUUGGCGGCAGCAGGCCGCCCUCACUCGCGGUACCUGCGCCGCGCGGCCACGUGAGCGCCACAUCAGCGCCGCUCCGCUCCGCGCCUUCACAGCCAGCGGCCGCACAGAGGGCAGGCGGCGGCCGCGCUCCUACCCCCUGCAAAGCUCCGGGUUCCCCUCGGCAGACCGGUCGGGGUGCAGCCGGCCCCCGGCUCGGGAAGAUGCUGCAGUCGCUGGCGGGCAGUUCCUGCGUCCGGCUGGUGGAGCAGCACCGCUCGGCUUGGUGCUUCGCCCUGCUGGUGCUGGGCUACCUGCUGUACCUGGUGUUUGGUGCUGUGGUCUUCUCCUCGGUGGAACUGCCCUACGAGGACCUGCUGCGCCAGGAGCUGGGGAAGCUGAAGCAGCGCUUCUUGGAAGAUCACACUUGCCUUUCGGAGCAGCAGCUGGAGGAGUUCCUGAUGCGGGUGCUGGAGGCCAGCAACUACGGCGUCUCGGUGCUCAGCAACGCCUCGGGCAAUUGGAACUGGGACUUCACCUCCUCCCUUUUCUUCGCCAGCACCGUCCUCUCCACCACGGGUUAUGGACACACAGUGCCUUUAUCUGAUGGAGGAAAGGCCUUCUGCAUCAUCUACUCAGUCAUUGGGAUUCCAUUUACACUGCUUUUCCUGACAGCAGUGGUCCAGCGCAUCAUUGUGUAUGUCACCAGGCGGCCUGUAUUGUAUUUCCACAUUCGCUGGGGCUUCUCCAAGCAAGUUGUUGCAAUCAUCCACGCUGUAGUCCUUGGGUUCAUCACUGUCUCGUGCUUCUUCUUAAUCCCAGCAGCAAUAUUUUCUGUUCUUGAAGAUAACUGGAAUUUUUUGGAAUCCUUUUACUUUUGUUUCAUUUCCCUGAGCACCAUUGGCCUCGGAGACUAUGUGCCAGGAGAAGGCUACAAUCAAAAAUUCCGAGAGCUGUAUAAAAUUGGAAUUACAUGUUAUCUGUUGCUGGGCCUCAUUGCAAUGCUGGUGGUUCUUGAGACUUUCUGUGAACUCCAUGAGCUCAAAAAGUUUAGGAAGUUGUUUUAUGUGAAGAAGGACAAGGAAGAGGACCAAGAGCAAAUAAUGGAACACGACCAGCUCUCCUUCUCUUCCAUCUCAGACCAAGCAUCCUCAAUGAAGGACGAUCAGAAGGCAAAUGAGCCUUUUGUGACUUCUCAGUCCCCAACUUCCAAUGACAGCUCUCUAAACAAUUAAUAGAGGGGUAUCCAUACUGUUGUUUUGGUGCAUUUAUGCUACUUACCAUAAGAAAUAGGACUCCUAAUAAUUUUUUUCUGAAAAUCUACAAGCUGGAAGACUGUGCUACUUUAACAAGGAUUCAUCACUUCUGACAUAGAGAAGACUUCUGGGGAAAAAUGUGGGAGCCACCCUGGGAAUAGGGAGAAAAUGUAGGAUGUGGCUGGGAACAUUAGUCCGUUUUGCUAGAGGAUUGAGGAGUUGAGAUAUACGACUUUCAGAGGUGCCAGAGAGAAAGGCUUGCAUGAGCACAUACAUCAAACUCAUCUUUAGGAGGAUGGAGGCCUUUGCUGACAUGCAACUCAUUUAAUUGCAUGCCCCACCUUGCAAGUGGGUGACAUUAGCAGGUUUUGGGAUGUGCUUUUGAUUGGCAAAGCGUAGUCACAGAUUUAGUCUUAAAACACCAAAACUCUGAAUCUGGAAAAUGUUUCCAGAGCAGUAACUAUAGAUCUGUUUGAAAGAGAAGUAUGUAGAUCAUCCCUCUAUUACCCAGUAACUUCAGGGUGCAAAUAACAACUCUAGGAAAUAAAAAACCAAGGCUCUGGUCCCUUCUUUGCCUCUUUACAUUCAAAUUUAUUCUUUCCUUAAAAGGUCCUCUAGUAGUGAGAAAAAAUGUUGUCCCAAAGAAAGUGUGCCUUGAGUCUUCUGUGCCAUUUGCCUUUGUAUGAAAUACUUUUAUAAACUCUGAGAGAUGGGAAGAUCAAUUCAAAUUGCUGGGUCAGGUGAAUUGUAGAGAAGAAGACAGCUGCAUUUCAAUCCUCUGUCCUCUGAAAUGGGCAGUAGUGGGUUAUUAGCUGUGUGGAAUGGAAUGAAAAAGGGGCAGCCUGUGCUGUGAUUGUCGCAGUCAUGUGUUUAUGUCAUUCUCCUAGUAGAUGGGUGAAACCUGUUCAGUGGAAGAAAGACUCAGGGCUGUUUCUUCCACAGUCCAGCUCAGUGCAUGCUUUCUGCUGAGCUGAUAGGUAAGAAGAGGAACAAAAUUAGUGUCACCUUGGAAUGCAGCUCCUUUUUUUCCUUUUGCUUUUCU